AUGGCAAGUUAAUUUAGUGAAUAAUCUAGAGCUUCACAAAGAACUUAGUAAAUUUUAGAAGAAGUUGCCAAAUAAUCAUAAAGCAAAAUAUACAGACUCACUGGUACAUCCAUUUUAGAUGAUGAAUAAGUCAGAGUGGCAUGGAAUGCUUUUGGUUUAUAUAUUUCAAGAAACUUAAGAAUGGGUAGAGGUGUAAGCAUUCCUAAUUUUGGUACUUUCACACUUAGUGCACCUGAGAUAUCAUUAGAAGGAGUUACUAAUAAAACCCUAAGAGAAAAACAAGGAAGAUAGCCAGUAUUUAUAGUCUCAAAAGAGUUUUGCAAUGGAAAAGAUAUAAAGUCUGGUAUUUAUUAAAAUGGCUAAUUACGCUAAUAUUAAGUUCAUGGAGUUAAUGGGUCUAUCCCUUAAACUAAAAUAAAUUUUACUGAAGUAAGCACUUACUGUGAUUAAAAUAAGGAAGAAACAAAGGCUUGUGUAGAGAGAGUUAUCAAAAACGUGCAAGAUUCAGUGAGAAAUAAAGGAGGAAUAGAAAUAGAAAUUCCUAAUGUAGGAAAUUUAAAGGUAAGAAAUAAUAUAGCUGCAGUUGUUUUUAGUGAAAUUUUAUAUAGAGACACUAAAGAUAUAGCUUCAAAGACACUGGCUGAAAGAAAAUCAAAAGGUGAUAUGAGUUUAACAAGAGAAAGAGUUAGAGCGUUUUAGUAGAUAUAAUAAUUUGCAGAAACAGAUAGAAAUAACUACAGAAACGCCCCUUUAUAAUUAGAUUAAGGAGCAAAAGAUUAUCUCAAAUCAUUCAUGAAUAUCGAUGUAGAUUAGAUUUAUUAGUCAGAAACUAACUCGUCUUUUAGACCUUUAACAGCUAAAGAUUCUGUCUUAAGAGAAAACUAUGUUCCAGUAAACACUUGGAGAAGUAGACCUAAAACUGGAAUGUUUAAAAAGACUUAAAACUCAAUCACAUAACACUCAAGUGGUAUUGAAGUCAUAACUGGUUGGGUUAGAAGUAGAAAUCUUAAUUCCGAAGACUCGUUUAUUGAGUUUUGUAAAUUUUGUGUUGGAACUUCAAGUAAAAAAUCUAAGUUAACAGAGGAUAAUAUAAUUAGAGGAAUAUUAAACAUGGAUAUAGAUAUGAAUUCUGAUUAGGUUAAUAGUUUAUUUAAAUCUUUAGAUUAUAAUAAAGAUGGUUUUGUUGAUUUCAACGAUUGGUGUAAAACUGUCAAGAACGAAUUCAACAAUCCCCAUUUAUAAAGAAUCAAAGAUAUUAUUAAGCGUUAGAACUUAAAGCUUGAUGACAUUUUAAAAACAAUGUAAUUGGAUAGGGCUUACUAGUAAUUGAAUUUAUAAAAUUUAACAGCUGCUUUGAAAAGGCUAGAUUCAAGUUUAAAUGACGUUAAAGCUAAAAGUGUUGCUCAGUCUAUCUUAAAUGAUAAAGAAACCAUUACAGUUGAUUAUUUAAUGGAGAUAUUUGGUUGUGAUGUUGAUUAAUAUUAAGAAGAGGCUGAAAUAUUUUAAGAUCCUAAUUGGUAUUCAGAUAUGCUACUUAGAAUAAAAAAAAAAUUAGAAAGCAUGGAUGGAUUAAAUAAAAUAAAAGAAUCUUUUAUGAAGGCAGAUGUUCAUAAUACAGGAAAAGUUAACAGUUCUAUUUUUAAAACAGUUAUUCUUGAUUUUGGUCUUGGUUUGAAUAUUUAAGAAUUAAGUCGCUUGAUGAGAUAUGUGGAAAAAGAAUAAGAUGGAUUUGUUGAUUAUUCAAAGUUUUUAAAAUCAGUAAAGAGAAUAGAUCGUAGACCUGAGGGUGAUAAUGCAUUUAUUGACUUAAUUGAUUUUGGAGAAAAGCUCACUAAAUUCUUGAAAAGAAACUAUAUAAGAACAGCUGAUGAAUUAUUAAAAUGCAUUGCAUAGUUUCACUAGAAGACUGCAUCUGGGUUUUACUAAUUUACUGUAGAAAUGUUGGCUUAGUUCUUAUUAAAAAAUGCCUUUUAAGGAGCUAGUUUAAAUGAAAUCUUGACUUAUUCUAAAAUAAUGGAUAUUGAUUAAGAUAGUUAUAUCUCCAAGGAAGACCUCUAGACAUUUUUAGAGAGAAUUAAUUACUUAGAGUCUGACAAUAAGUCUUCUUUUUCCUAAAGAAGUAAGCCUAACUCUGCUUGGGGUGACUAAUAAAAUAAUGCAUCUAACGGUAUGAAAAAAAAAGGAUUGUUUCCUACAAAAAAGCUGAACAACUAAUAGCUUGAAUAAGUACUAAUAGAACUUCGCUAGAUUUUGUUAAUGAAAAAGAUGCAGAAUAGAGAAUUUUUCAAUAUUCUUGACACAAAUGGAGAUGGUUUUAUUACAAUCACAGAAUUUAAUAGCAAUCUUGAUAAAAUCAUUAGGCUUUCAGCUGAAAUGAAAGAUGGUUUAUUUGCUACUAUGGAUAGCUAAAAAAUUGGUUUAAUAGACUUCAAGAACUUUGAAAAGGUUUUAGAAAUGUCAAUAAUCGAGCUUCAACAAAAGAAGGAUGAAAAUACAGAAACUAAUUUAGAUAAAGAAAUUUCUGACAAUGAUUGGGAUUGGACAAAACAAACUAUUGAUUAAAUGAAGGAUUGGUUCAAGACAGAAAAACUAACUUUAGAAGAUGCUUUUAGGGUUUUUGAUAAGGAUUUUGAUGGAGUUAUCAGUAAAAAUGAUCUUCGUUCAUUCCUUGAAGAUGUUCUUAAAUGCCCAAAAGAGGAACUCACAAAUGCUAGGUUAAACAGAGUUUUUAAAUUAAUGGAUGAACAUAAAAGAGGAUAAGUUCAAAUGUCAGAUUUGAAAAAAAUUAUUAGUGGAAAUUUUUUACAAAGAUAUAAUUACAACAUAUCUCAAGGCUUUAAAACAUAAACAGUCUGGGGUGGAGCAACAUAAAAAACUAAAUCUAUGCUUUCUGGCCAACAAGGAUAAAAUGAAAGAGAUGAAAAUGAAGAAUGGUUGAACCAUGCUAAAAAACAAAUUGGAUUGACUAUUUCAAGAAAAUUUAAUUCAGUUAUUGAAAGCUAUGAAUUAAUUUCUUAGCAUUAAAAAAGAAUGGUUUUUAAACAAUUCAGUUAAUGGGUAGAUUAGAGCAGGGCAUUAGUAGGAUUUGAUCUUACUGAAAACUAAACAUAAAAGGUUUUUUCUAGUUUAGACCCACACAAAAAAGGAUAUUUGACUUCAAAUGAUUGGAUAAAUUAAUUUAAAAACUUUAGCUGGAAAGACUAGAUGUAAGUAGAAGUCAGAGAGGCCUUAUAGCAAAAUUUUGAUAGCAAAAAUAGUGCUUUUAAUUUCUUUUUAAAAGAUAAAAGUGAUAAUGUAAUAACAUUUGGAUCUUUUGAAUAAGGAAUUAGGUCUUUGUUUGAUCAUAGAUUUACUUAAAGCGACAUACAUUAGCUAUGGUUCAAAGUAUCUGAUAAAAAGGAUCAUAUUAUAGACCGUAAUAGGUUUUAUAAUUAUUUAUUUGAUCCAGAAUUCCCAGAAAAAAGUUAAGGUAAUACAUAAGAUGGUUAAGGUGCAUUCCGUCGUCCUCUAACUGCUCCUGCAGGAGGAGGUACUAAUAAGUUAAAAAAAAAGAAUGGAGAAAAACAAGCAGAAGAAAAAGCAUAAUCAGAAAUAGAUGAAGAGGCAAGGUUAGUUGUUGAAAAGGUAAAAUAGUUAAUGAGAGCAAGCAAUAAAUCAAUUGAAGAGUUGUGUGCAAAAGUUGAUAUAGAAGAUACUGGAAUACUAUCUAUUAUUGAAUUCAAAAAUAUCUUCAGAAAUAUGAACUUAAACUUAACAGCAAAAGAAAUUGAUAAAAUUGUCAGCUAUUGUGAUGAAUCAAAUAAUGGAAAAAUAGAUUGGAAGAACUUCAUAGAAAAAUUUAAAAUCAAGGAAAGUGUUUCAAGAAUCAUUGAUAGAUCUAAGUAAAGAUUAUAGAGGAUGAAUGAAGAUAUUCAUUACUAUAUGAUUUCUCCAAUCGAUGCUUUUAGAAUAUUUAAUGAAGAAAGAAAUGGAAAGUUAACAUUUAAUUAAUUCACAGAGCUAGUCAAGAAAUUAUGCUAGAUGUCUAAAUAGGAACUCCCUUCAUUUGCAAUUAUAAAGGAUUUAUUUUAAAUAAUUGACACAAGAAAAGAUGGAAUAAUAGAUUAGUAAGAAUGGGUACAAACAUUUGCUAAAUUUAAAGCUCCUGACUCUUCUCUUUAAGGAAAACCUCUUAUUUUAUCAUAAUCCAAUACAUAGUAUGAAGAACCUAAGCUCCUCAAGCCUCUUUAUUUAUCUUAACAAAAGGCUAUCAAUUCUGAUACUCUUGAUUCAGAAAUUAAAGAAUAUGAUUAAUUGAUAACUAUAAUAGGGAAAAACAGAAAAUUCUUAUUAGAUUAAUUCAAAGCUAUUAACCAAAGAGAACCUGUCACUUACGAAAAAGCUUUGUAAGUAAUUCAUAAAAUGUUUGUCAGCUUAGGUAAAAAUUUAGACCAUUCUUGCUACUAGAAACUUUUAAAAUUUGCUGAAAGAGACGGAGUUAUAGACUAUAAAUUCUUAUUAGAUGUAUAUAAAGAGAGAGUUUCAAAAAUAAACGUGUAGCCUGUUGCGAAAAUCUGA